CAAAUUUAGAAACACAAAAAACUCAAAUUCGGUAUUUUUUUUUUAAAAAAAAACUUCUGAUUCUCUCUCGUCUUCUUCUCUGAUCGCUGGAUCUAGGUUUUUUAUUUUUGUACUCGCUCGUCUUCUUCACUCUAUGGGCUGAUUAGUGCUCGUCUGGGUUUGAGAGUUUUACGAAUCUAGGGUUUUUUAAUCUUCUUCUAAAAAGCCUGUUUCGAUUUUGGUUUCUGGAAUUUAUCUUUUUUUCUCUGUCUGAGAUUCAAAGAUUUCUGAGAUAAUUUUCGGAGUUUUGAGUUCCCAGAGUUUGUUCGUGUCGAUUGCCGUAUUCUAUUUCGGUCUUUGUGCUUCAUCGGAUAAAUCAGGCAAGAUUCGAGUUGAUAAAUUUGAAGAGGAUGCAACAAAAUCAAAUGAAGAAGGACACGAAAGAGAUGGAAUUUUUCACCGAGUAUGGUGAUGCUAACCGAUAUCGGAUUCUUGAAGUUAUUGGCAAAGGAAGCUAUGGAGUUGUGUGUGCAGCUAUUGAUACACACACUGGAGAGAAAGUUGCGAUUAAGAAGAUUAAUGAUGUCUUCGAGCAUAUCUCUGAUGCGCUUCGAAUCCUCCGUGAGGUGAAGCUUCUUCGGCUUCUAAGGCAUCCAGAUAUAGUGGAAAUCAAAAGCAUCAUGCUUCCUCCUUCUAAGAGGGAGUUUAAAGACAUUUACGUUGUGUUUGAGCUUAUGGAAUCGGAUCUUCAUCAAGUUAUUAAAGCUAACGAUGAUUUGACUCGCGAACACCACCAGUUUUUCCUCUAUCAGAUGCUUCGUGCCUUGAAGUUCAUGCAUACAGCUAAUGUUUAUCAUCGUGAUCUUAAGCCUAAGAAUAUACUGGCCAAUGCAAACUGCAAGUUGAAAGUUUGCGACUUUGGUUUGGCUAGAGCAUCGUUCAAUGAUACGCCUACAACAGUCUUUUGGACGGACUAUGUUGCCACAAGAUGGUAUAGAGCGCCUGAGCUCUGUGGAUCAUUCUUUUCUAAGUACACUCCAGCUAUCGACAUUUGGAGCAUUGGCUGCAUCUUUGCAGAGGUACUAACAGGGAAGCCAUUGUUUCCGGGAAAAAGUGUUGUCCAUCAGUUGGAGUUGAUUACUGAUCUUCUUGGCACACCAAAAUCAGAGACAAUUUCUGGAGUUCGAAAUGAUAAAGCUAGAAAAUACUUGACCGAAAUGAGGAAGAAAAAUCCUGUCACCUUCUCUCAAAAAUUCUCCAAAGCAGAUCCUUUAGCAAUACGCCUUUUGCAGAGGCUGUUGGCUUUCGAUCCCAAGGAUAGACCGACAGCUGCAGAGGCAUUGGCUGAUCCUUACUUUAAGGGUCUUUCCAAGGUUGAAAGAGAACCUUCGUGUCAGCCAAUCUCGAAGAUGGAGUUUGAAUUUGAGAGACGAAGGUUGACAAAGGAGGACAUUAGAGAACUAAUUUACAGGGAAAUACUGGAAUACCAUCCUCAGUUGCUCAAAGACUAUAUGAGCGGAUCUGAGGGAUCGAAUUUUGUAUAUCCUAGCGCCAUUGGACAUCUCAGAAAGCAGUUUACGUACUUAGAGGAGAAUAGCAGCAGAAAUGGGCCAGUCAUACCUCUCGAGAGGAAGCACGCAUCACUUCCUCGGUCUACAGUUCACUCCAGUGUAAUCCAUCCCACCAUUCAACCUGACUUGUGUGCGACAGAGAGUAAACGUGUUUCUUUCGAGCCUUCAAGAAAUGGAAUAGUUUCUGCAGGGCAUCCAUCAACUUCCGCGUAUCCAACUAAAGCUUUAGGACCUCCACCAAGAGUACCAUCAGCUAGACCAGGUCGUGUCGUAGAAUCAUCUGUAUCUUAUGAGAAUGGUAGGAACCUCAAAGAAGCUUAUUUCAGAAGUGCGGUAUCAUCUCCUCACUGUUACUUCCGAGCAAACACCAUGAACCACAACGUAGAAGCUUCUUCUCAGCCAAAACCGCAACAAUUCGUCCACCAUUACAACCCAACCGUGCAGCCAGCUGCUACAACUAACCAGACAGACGUUGAGAUGAUGAACCACCACCCAAAUCCUUAUUUCCAAUCACAGCUCCCCAAGAUAGAUCAAUUAAGCAACAACACACAUAUGGCCAUUGAUGCUAAGUUGUUGCAGGCACAAUCACAGUUUGGUCCGGCUGGAGCCGCAGUGGUUGCAGUAGCAGCCAGUUGUAUUAGUUCUCCUUUAUAGCUCUUGUAACUUUUUGGGUAGUUUCAAUAAGUUGGAAGUCCUAAAAAAUUAGAAAAUGUUAUAAAUCUUAACAUUUUAUCCCCAAAAAAGUGAUACCAUUUAAGGUUGAAAUUUUUAUAUUGUUU